AAUAUUUCUCUUUAUGAGUUUUCUACUGUCUAUAUACAUAUGGACGCUACUUCUAGUAGCAUAUGUGUUAAGAGUAAUUUUGUACUCCCUCCCCGCGUUUCUCUGACCAAUCGAAAUGGACACGACCUUUACCUGGUUAGCAGAACAAAAUCAUUCGAAUAUAGUCGUGGUCGCAUUCAGUCAUUCGAAAGACGAAUAUACGUGUAGAAGUUCGUGAAAAAUGAACACGAUCGUUGUGCUGUUUAUUAUAUUUAUCGCUCGAGUUGCAACAAGUGGACUACUCAAUAGUUCGCCAUGGCAUUAUAAGUGCGAGGGUGGCCUCUGUAAAAAAGAAUUAAACACAGACAAUGUAACUGCACCAUUAUCGUCGGAAGUAUGCGAAUUACAUUGCGGCUCAUCAAGUGUGUUAUGGCCGAGACCAACUGGUCACUUAUCUUUGAGUAACAAUAUGAUUAAAAUUGAUCCAAAAAACAUUCUAUUAAUCGACUCAUAUAAUAGUGGGUCUCAAGUUAGUUAUUUGCUUGAAAGAAAUUUGCUUUUAUUGAGAAAUAAGCUGAAGAGUAAAUCAGCUGUAGUCGGUGGCGCAAGUAUGAAUAUUCGAUGCACCGGUAUUCAAGAAACCAAGAACAUCAGAUUGACAUUGAACACGGAUGAAAGUUAUACCUUGACAGUGACGAAGUUAGACGAGACACAUUUGGAAGCAACGAUUACUGCUAACUCAUACUUUGGUGCACGACAUGCAUUGGAAACGUUGAGUCAAAUGAUCGUCUUCGACGAUCUACGAAAUGAAAUUCAGAUUCCAAGCGAAAUUUCGAUCGUCGAUGGGCCGGUGUAUCCUUACCGUGGAUUGUUAUUGGACACCAGUCGAAAUUUUGUCGAUAAAUCAACGAUAUUGCGAACUAUCGACGGCAUGGCUAUGUCCAAGUUGAAUACUUUACAUUGGCACAUCACCGACUCACACAGCUUUCCCUAUGUUAGCAAAACGUGGCCGUUAUUUUCAAAAUUCGGUUCCUACGCAUUUGACAAGAUUUACGAUCAUGACGAUGUGAAAGAAAUCGUUGAAUACGGCCUUAUUCGCGGUGUUAGGAUACUACCAGAGUUCGAUGCCCCAGCGCACGUGGGAGAAGGAUGGCAAUGGGUAGGAAACGAUUCUGUCGUCUGUUUUAAAGCGGAACCCUGGAAGAAUUAUUGCGUUGAACCGCCAUGUGGUCAAUUGAACCCAACUAGUGAUAAAGUAUACGAAAUCCUCGAAGGAUUGUACAAAGACAUGUUACACGAUUUUCAACCAGACAUAUUUCACAUGGGUGGGGACGAGGUAAACAUAAACUGUUGGAGAUCUUCGGAGGCUAUUAAAGAUUGGAUGCAAAAAAGAAACUGGGAUUUAUCAGAUUCAAGUUUUUACAUGCUUUGGAAUCAUUUCCAAAUGAAUGCGUUAAAAAAAUUGAUGCUAGCUAAUGAUGGAAAAGAAAUGCCUGUCAUUUUAUGGACUAGCGGAUUAACUAACGAAGAAAAUAUUAAGCAUUUAAAUUCUUCGAAGUAUAUUAUUCAAAUAUGGACAUCUAAGAGCGAUUCGACUAUCGACAGAUUAUUGCAAAACAAUUUCAAAGUAAUUUUCUCGAAUUACGACGCUCUCUAUCUAGAUUGCGGUUUUUCUGCUUGGAUUGGGGAAGGUAAUAAUUGGUGCAGCCCUUACAAAGGAUGGCAGGCUAUUUAUGACAAUUCUCCUCUACAAAUAGUGAAAUCACAUGGCCUUGGAAAUAAAAGGAACCUCGUUUUAGGAGGCGAAGCUGCACUCUGGACAGAGCAAGCGGAUAGCGCGAGCGUGGAUGCUAAAAUUUGGCCCAGAGCUGCAGCACUUGGAGAGCGGUUGUGGUCAGAGCCAAGUUCAACUUGGAUCCAUGCUGAGCAAAGAAUGCUUAAACACAGAGAACGUCUCGUAAAAGGAGGAAUCGCUGCUGAAAGUCUAGAACCUGAAUGGUGUUCCCAAAAUCAAGGUUAUUGUUAUCUGUAAUUUUUUUCUUUUGCAUAUUUUUAUCUUUUCAUCGUAUACGCAAGAUGUAUUCUAAAUGUUUAAUCUGAGAAGAAAAUAUAUUUUAAUUACAGUCGAA